CCUCGACGCCAUAGCCGGCAAAAUAAGCUCAGUCACUCACGUCACUCACUCACUGGCAGUUCCGCAUCUGCCUCGAGCUCGCGUCGUCUUCGCUGUUGCCUGCCGGUGCCGUCGAGUCGAGUCGAGUCGGGUCGAGUUUGAGGUUGAGGUGGGAGCUUCCAGGACCAGCAGCAGCAGAUCUGGCGAUUGUCAAGGUAGUGGCGUCACGGGUGCCAUGUCUGGCUGCGGCCCUCCCUAGCUCUCCUUUCUCGUCUUCCGGCUGGCCCUGCGGCGCAGGCCGCAAGCUUAGAGGCUUGUCGUCGCCUGGAGCCGCUAUGGCGUCUAUGUCGACGACGCAUAGCAAUGGCGUGGCGCCAGAGCCUACCAUGCCUGCUCCUUCGCAGUACCCUGCUCCUCCCAAGAUUCAGGUUGCGAAGCGGCUUGAACAGUUUAAGACUACCAUAUUCACUGAGAUUAGCAUCCUCGCCUUGAAGCACAAUGCAAUCAACCUUGGUCAGGGUUUCCCAAAUUUUGAUGGCCCCGAUUUCGUGAAGAAAGCCGCAAUUGAAGCCAUCCAGGACGGAGGAAAGAACCAAUAUGCAAGGGGUUUCGGCAUACCGCCGCUUAAUGCAGCCAUCGCUGAGAGCUUCAAGAAAGAAAGUGGCAUUACCGUAAACCCGGAAACGGAAGUGACUGUUACAUCGGGCUGCACGGAGGCGAUUGCAGCCACUAUUCUAGGUCUGGUCAAUCCCGAAGAUGAAAUUAUUGUUUUCGAGCCUUUCUAUGAUUCUUACCAAGCAACUGUGUCCAUGUCCGGCGCCACCUUGAAGACAGUUACUCUGCGUGCCCCAAAUUUUGACGUGCCAGAGCAGGAACUUCGAGCUGCGUUCUCAAGCAAAACUCGGGCAAUCAUGGUGAACACUCCUCACAAUCCUACUGGUAAAGUGUUUUCUCGACAGGAGCUGGAGCUCAUUGCAUCUUUAUGUAAGGAACACGAUGCCCUUGCCUUCUGCGAUGAGGUCUAUAACAAGCUGGUUUUCAAUGGGGAGCAUGUUUCGCUGGCUUCUCUGGAUGGCAUGUACGAGAGGACAGUGACGAUGAAUUCUUUGGGCAAGACAUUCUCUCUGACAGGAUGGAAGAUCGGAUGGGCCGUUGCACCGCCGCAUCUAAUGCGAGGAGUCCGUUUGGCGCAUUCUUACAUCACCUUCGCAACUGCAACACCGUUCCAGUGGGCAGCUGCUGAAGCAUUGCGAGCACCGGAUUCUUUCUAUGCCGAGCUGAUCAAAGACUACAGCGCCAAGAAGGAUAUUCUUGUCGAGGGUUUGAAAAGCGUAGGGUUUGAGGUUUAUGAACCGGAUGGGACUUACUUCGUCAUGGUAGACCACACUCCUUUUGGAUUUGAGAGCGACGUUGCUUUCUGCAAAUAUUUGAUUGAAGAAGUAGGCAUAGCAGCGAUCCCACCCAGCGUAUUCUACACGAAUCCGGUAGACGGCAAGAACCUCGUCAGAUUCGCGUUCUGUAAGGACGAAGAAACUCUCAAGGCUGCUGUUGAGAAGUUAAAAACAAAGCUGAAGAAACCUGUAGCAUCAUCUUCUUAACUUGGGGGAGAUUCAUUCCAGCCCUUCGAAACCUGUAUUCUAGCUGUUUCUUGUGUUGUAUGGCCGUCUAGUUCCUUGAUUAGUCAUGAUUCUUCCUUAGAUUAUGUAUUCAAUCUCGAAUAUUAUGAGAUUAUUCUUUGCACGAAAGCAUUCUUUGCAAACUCUAGUUCUGAUGUCCGGGUGACACCCUUGAGCAAGAUUUGAGGGGUUGAAUAGACAUCCCUGUGGACAUCCAUGGAUGGUUCUGGGUUCUGCUCGAGCCCUCUGCAAUCUGAUCAGGUUAACUUUAACCAUUGGGCUUCAGCUAACCCUGGGCCAGGUUGGAUUUUAACA